ACCUCCACCACCAGCCUCUUUUCAGCUGCUUCCUUCAGCUCUCUUGCUCUUUUCACCCAUAAUUCACCCUGUGGAUUUCUUCACCGUCUCUCAGGGAAAUCGUUGCAGAGCCGAGCUGUCGUGACUCGUCAGCUGCUGCUGCAGGAGGAGGCGAGAGCAGGACAAGGAAGAGAAACCAAUCGAUUUCUCUGCUAAAGAAGAGAGAGGCUGUUUUUCCUUGUUGUUUCGAAGGAGAUGUGCGUUUGCUCAUGUGGGAGUCUUGUAAAGCAUUUGGUUCACAUUCUUACCUCAGAAAGAAGGGACAGCGGACUGAAAGUACAGCUUGAGCAGUUUUGACACAUUGAUACAUCUUCUUUCCUUUUGCAUUAAGUCGUAACGUCCAACAUUUUGGGAGAAGGCUUGGAUUUGGAGGAAACCAUCCAUGCUUUCCAGAUAAUCCACUGGGAGCGAUAAUGUUGGAUACAAAUCAUUGCCUGUCCUUUGAACCCUCACCUCUGAGCUCUUCACCAGUAGCAGAAGAUGUGGAGAAGUCGGGACUGGCGAUGGAUCAGGACAGACAUGUCUAUCACAGUCUGAAGGAAGGUGGGAGGUCUGGAGCAACGCCGAGUCGGCACCGAUUCCUCCAGCUCAAACUCCAGCAGAGACGCACACGAGAGGAACUGGUCAGCCAAGGCAUCAUGCCACCCCUGAAGAGCCCUGCAGCCUUUCACGAACAGCGGAGGAGUCUGGAGCGAGCCAGGACUGAGGACUAUCUAAAGAGGAAGAUCCGGAGUCGUCCAGAACGCUCGGAGCUGGUCAGGAUGCAUAUUUUGGAGGCAGAGACAUCGGCAGAGCCGUCCCUGCAGGCUAAGCAGCUGCGGCUAAAGCGAGCCCGGCUGGCCGAUGACCUCAACGACAAGAUCUCCCACCGACCCGGUCCUAUCGAACUGGUUCAUAAGAACAUCCUGUCCGUCAGCUGCCCGCUGCAGCAGUCACUUACGGAUUCUCAAAAGGGAGCUGGCGGCGAGAGUUCCUCAUUGGACGAAGACAGCAGUGAUGCGCUGUCACCCGACCAGCUAACCAGUCAGGACUCUCCUCUGAGCGCCGUCCCUCAGCUGUCCCCCUCCGACAUGUUCGCCCACAACGGCGACAUUUCUCCCACACAGUUCCUCUCACAGCGUCCUCCUCCGCCCCCUCCUCCUCCUCCACCACCACCUCCACCCCUCCAGGUGAAUGGGUUGGACUCCUCAACCUUUCCAAAGUUGAAAAAUGGGAUGAUGGUGAAUUCCCGCUCCUCAGCUGGACACAUCAAGCAUUCUCAGGCUAAAAUCAGCUCAGAUCGUCCUCCGCAGAGAAGCAAGAAGCUCAAGGACAGCAAACCCAAGGUGAAGAAGCUGAAGUACCACCAGUACAUCCCUCCAGACCAGAAGGCAGAUAAAGAGCGUCCGCCACAGAUGGACUCGUCCUACGCGAAGCUCCUCCAGCAGCAGCAGCUCUUCCUGCAGCUGCAGAUCCUCAGCCAGCAGCAGCAACACUACAACUACCACACCAUCCUGCCCGCCCCACCCAAGCCACCAAAUGAUCAGCCUCCCUCAACAAGCUCUGGCCCCUCGCCAUCCCGCAAUGUUCCUACAACGACCACCACAGCCUCCUCGAAUCAGAGUGGACCUGUCCGUCAGAGCCAAACUGUUGUGGGAGGAGCCAAACCAGGCAGUCUGCCUGCCAACCUGGAUGAGUUUAAAGUUGCCGAGUUGAAACAGGAACUGAAAUUACGUGGUCUGACAGUCUCAGGUACUAAGAAUGAUCUUAUCGAGAGGCUCCGCAACUACCAAGAACAAAAUGGCACCGCCACCGCAGUUUCCAAAAGUGGAGCAUCACAUCCAGGCCAACAGGGCAUGACCGCAGGCGUCAGCCCCACCACAUCCUCUCAGACCAUACCAACCGCUGCCGACCACCAGUCACUGGAAAAUGGGCUGAAGGUAGCCUUCUCCUCACUGACUCAGGCUGUUCCCGGACGGAUCAUGCGUUUCGGCAGCACCAGCUCCAGUCCUCCUGUGUCGCCGUCUCCUUCCGAGAGAUCGCUGGCCGGGAUGAGUCCAGACGAGACCAGCUGCAGUGGAGACAUGUUCGGAGAGAUGGUGAGCUCUCCGCUAACACAGCUGACCCUCCAACAUUCUCCGCAGCACCCGUCAAACGUGUCUACACCCUCCCAGUCUGUCUGUAAAGUCAAAGAGGAGGGCCAGAGUUCCUGCAGCCUGUCCAGGGUCGUCAGGGACACCGCCUCCAUGGACAAGGACCAGAUGCUGCAGGAGAAGGACAAACAGAUCGAGGAGCUGACCAGGAUGUUGAGGCAGAAGCAGAAGCUGGUGGAGACCCUCAGGUCCCAGUUGGAGCAGGGUAAGAUGGCGGGUGGACUAGUUGUGAAGAAGGAAGUCUGUGAGAAGAGCAAAACGACAACCUCAGAUUUUAAACCUCAAACGCUGAUAAAGGCGUCGGCCGUCCAGCCGCCCACGCUCCCCAAUGGCGUCCUUGUCAGGGUGAAAAAGGAGCUGGACUCUGAAGAAUGGAUGGAGGGGGUGACAGAGGAGGCACAGUCAAAGAGGCCGGCUCAGCCGAUGCAGUGCUCUCAGGAGACUUUGCUCAGGCUGCAGCAGAUUCACCGGCUGCAAGUCCAACAAGCUGAGCAGCACAAACGGCAGCAGAGUCCAGCACAGAAGAUGCCGCCUCCAAAACAACAGCAACAGAAGAAAGACGCCCAGUUACUGCUCCAUCAGCAGCAGCAGCUGCAACAGCUCAUUAUCCAGCAAACCCAACUGAAACAGCUCCAGCAGAACCAGCACAAGAACCAGGUCAAGCAGGUUCAGGUGCAGAUCCAGAACCAGACUGUGUCCACCCAGAAGUCGGCCAUAAAUAAAGUCCAACAGAAAAAGCAGCAGAAACAGCAGGCGCCGACUACCGCCACACAACAGGUGGCAUCGGUCGUCAUCAACCAGCAGAACGGCACCCAGAUCCACACUCAGGCCAUCUCCUUAGACCUCCUGAAGGCCAACGGAACGCCAACACUGGUCACCGACAGCAAUGGAAACCACUACCUGAUCACCCUGAGCGGGCAGACAGCAGACCGCAGUAACAGAACCACGCUGUCGGGCAAAACCAAUGGGCGGAUCACACUGCAGAGGUUGCAGUCGGCUCCGGCAAAACGUCCCACCGGUGACAGCCAAUCAAAAGAGCAGCAGGAGGCAGCACCCGUGAGCCAGCCAAUGAAAAAGGGGCAGAAGGCGGGGCUGCACUUGGAAACCAAUGGCGUGCCUCCGCCCUGUCAGUCGGUCACUGCUCCGCCCACCCUGCAGCCUUUCUUUGACGACAGCCAAAGCAGCAGCGUCCCGUCUCUGAAGAGAGAGGAGGUGUGUCCACCGUACGACCGGCACACACUCUUCACCCCUCCCUCUCCCAAACCCAUUACCUCCCUUCCUGCUCAGCGCUCUAAAGAGAACGGCCUGAACAGUCAGCAGAUGGAUGACCUGUUCGACAUCCUGCUCAGGAGCGGCGAAAUUUCAGGCUUCAAAUCCAACCCGGAUCCUUCGCUGGCGCGGUUGCACUCCAACCCUUCAUCCCCGUCUUCUCCCCCGUCUCCCCUCCGUCUUUCUCCUCCCACCCCUACAAAGUCGACGUCCCUCAUCUCCCCUCAGUCUCCCGUCAGAGACUCCUGCACAGGAGGUGGACGUCUAGAAGACUUCCUGGAGAGCACCACCGGUGUGCCGCUGCUGGGCGUCGAAGUCGACGGCGACCUGACGCUAAUCGACGACCUUCACAGCCAAAUGCUGAGCACGCCAAGCAUCCUGGACCACCAUCGUCCCCCAUGGACACGUCUGACCUGGGCUUCUCCCCACAUCCCACUGGGCUGGACUUUGGUGAUGCCACUUUGGACAGCAUGGACUGGCUGGACGUGUCCCUGGUCGGGGGUGGUGGUGGAGGGAAUGCAGGCAGCGGUAGAGGGAGAGGCGGGGAAGGAGACGGCAGCACGAGUCUUGCCCUGCUGCCGCCGCACACGCCACCGAGCGUCUUCUCGGCGGAUUUUCUGGACAGCACAGACCUGCAGCUGCACUGGGAGUCGUGUCUGUAGACAGACGGGGCGCUCGCUCACACUGUACAGGCUCCGCCUUUAUUUCACACACAUAGCGAUACGUCCACUGUGCUGCCUCCACGCCCGCGGUCAAACGCACACACCAUCAACAUCUUAUAACUCAAGCUUACUGCCAUGUGAUUGGUUACUCUAUGUGGGUCAAUACAACCGAUCGGCUCCUACACCGUGUGCUGACCGGCGAUACAAACCCGCAGGCCGCUGAGGUCACAUCAGCUGAGCUGAGGAGGGAACGUGUGGUGUUUUUGUCAGUGCCUCCAAAACAUUUUUUUGCACUUAUCUCUGAAUCUGAUUGGUUAAAAUACGGGGGGGGGGGGGUGUUCAGGACAAACAUCUUUAGUACAGAUCAGCUGAGUGUGUCACUGAUCAUGUGUCGGCAGCUGUCUCACCGCAGCGACCUGAGUCCCGCCCACACUAGCCUAAAACAACUGUCAUUGGUUGACAGCUGCUAUUGAAGCCUCGUUGGAGGCGGUGUAUUCUCGGUAACAUUAUGGUAGACCACUGUGUAUUACUGUACAUCAGGUGUAUAUUAUCCAUUGUCCAUAUGAUUAUUUUUCUUUGCUGGUUGCUUAGCGACGAGCCAGCCAGCUGGGGAACAUGCAGAGGAGGGCAGGGCUUCUAAACUACUUGGACCUUGUCUCUUUUUUUUUCUUUUCUUUUCUUUUUUUUUUAGAAAAAAAUAUUGGAAAAAAUAAACAUAAAAACUCA